AUGAUGGAACGUCCAUCAGGUCCCAUGCACGACGUUAUUCGCCGUGUGCAUGAAGAUGUACGUGUUCACUCUAACUACCAAAACGCCAUUAAAACUGUUACAAUGGCACUUCUUCAUGCAAAAUUUUGUGAUAAUAGUAGUUUAGGGCAAGAUAAUUCUCUGCGUUCUCCAUCACUUGAUCGGACUCGUUCUGCCCCUGAGAGAGACAAUGAUGGAAGAAUAAGGAAUAGUCAAGUCACCUCUUCAUUUUCAAGCAGUAUGGGUACUAAUAGGACAAAUAGAUCUUUAUCUGGUCAUGAUAUCAUUCAAGGUGUAGUUGUACAAGGAGAUUCAGAUGGAGUUAAUGGAUCAAUUCAAGCACAACCACGGUUAUUAUUAAAUCGCACCCAGAUGCUUCGAUUGCUACUUCUUCGCGCGGACGCGUAUUCAGCUAUGAAACAACAUGAAAAGGCAAUGGAAGAUGCACAAGCUGCCGCUGCAUAUUCUCUUGGUCGUUCACCAGAAGCUCAAUUUAUUAUGGGUAGAGAGUACUUGCGCCUAUUUCGUAUAGCUGAAGCUGUAAAUGCCUUUGAGAAGGCAGAAUUACUUCUUCUUUCAACAAGUGCUUCUGAUAGGAAUUCUUUUGCCGAAGAAGUCACAGAUGAGGAUUUUUGGGCACAACGUGGGUUUCAAAUGAAAGAUAUAGAGCGUCUGAAACUCAAUCGUAGUGAGGUAGAACAACAAGAACGAACAAAAUUAAUAGGAUCAAUGGCCGAGCACAAUAAUGGUGAAGUUACACUUGCUCGCUCUUUCUCAUCCCCUCCUGGUUCUCUUGAGGUUCUAGGGAGUGAUGAUCCAGAGCUUGUUCAGUGGCGACGCUUAGCAAAAGAGGCACGAGCUCUUCUUACAAUGCGUACUUCUCAUUUGUUACCUAUUAACGUGCUUCAAUCAACUCUUAUGGUUUUAAAUCGACAAAUGAGUUCUGUACGCAAUGGUGUUGUAAUAUGCAUAGAAAAUACCACUUCUCAAUCAUUUCGAUUAGUGGGCUAUUCCAUUCCAAACGCCACAUUUUAUGAGGGUAUGCACUUUCCCGGGACUAUUCCACCAGGACACUGUGGUCUCUCGCAGCUGCAAUCACAGGGUUGGGGUGUAUUUCCCUUUACCGGUUGUGUGUGUUAUGAAGUGGCGCAGAGUGGAGUUCGCUUUUUCUUUGUUUUUGAAAGUCCAUUAAUUGGAAACAUUUUAUGUGGUGUUCGUUUUGUCUCUGAGCGGCGUAUUUCAGAACUAAAUCAAGUUCUUAUGGAUUCCAAUGGUAGUAUGUCAAGAAAUUAUUCGAAUAGUGGUGCCUCAUCAAAGGAAUUUGUGAAUUUUAAGAUACCAAAUCCUAAUCAAUGUCUUGCUAAAGAUGUUGCACCAUUGCCUUCUGGGCGAAGACUGAAACUCUCGGCUGCAGUACGCAGUGGUAGCAGGACGAUUGUGUUCUCCGCUGCGGAAGUGUUAGACCUACGACUACGUUCUGUAGAGCUUCUUACCGCUUUAGAGUUUGCAGGUCCAGUUGUUCUUAAGAAAUUAAGUAUAGUGAAUAAGCGAUAUCGUGAAUUGGUUAAUAAUCUUCCUCCUCCUAUGUUUUUUGGAGGUGGUCGUUGUUCAUUUCCGGACUAUGCUUUACGUAGUGAUCGUACGAUUUCACCUUGGAUAGUGCAUGAUAAGGAACCAGUAAAUUGGUAUUGUAUUUUUGAUGGUCGUACCAUUAACAGAGAAAAUUUUGUGGUAGCGGAUUCAACAGAUCCACAAAAUAGUAUUCUUUGGUUUUCAGCUGAAUCUGGAGCCUCUCUUGAUGCAUUUGUGUAUUAUGGUGAUAAACGUUCUCCCAUUGCGCAAAUCAAAACUAAAUGGAAACUAUUUGGUAGUACACUUUGUUUCUCUACGCCAUCAGACCGUACCUUUGCUUCUUGCUAUCUUGAUCAAAAUUCAAACCUGACACUAGCUUGGGAUGCUGCUGGUAAGAAGAGUAAGGCAGAAGAUGUGGAAUACGUAAUGCGUUUAAAAGAGACUGUAAGACGAAGAGAUACAAGUGGACGAGGUGAUUCUUUUUCAAAUGCCUCUUUAUUUGGUAACAACAAUAACAAUUCCAUGGAUGGAUGUACUUCUAUGCCUCUACCUACUGGGACAGGAGGCUUUAUGCCUUGUAAUGUUAUCUCAACACCAAAAACAAAUGUAACUAUUGCAGGAGAAACGUAUGCCGUUUGGCGUCCACAACGCACCAGUGGUGGCACUGUCUUAAGCAGUAUCCCAAGCCAGACGAAUGGAGGAAUGGAACUAGUAGGUGAAGUUACCGUUCUUACCCCUAUUACACAAACACUGGUUAAAAAUACAACAGUUGCUGAGAUAAAAAUAUUUGCAGGAACUGAUGCCCUUCUGCUUACUUUAAUGGCUUUCUGUCGAUCCCAAUGGGAAAACUAA